AUGCGUCUGCCGUACCUCGCAGUUGCAGCCCUGGCUGCUGUUUUCGCUUCCAGCAAUGCAGUCCCAUCGACUGCUGCCGAGCCGGACGUCUCUUUCGUGGACCGCGUGAAGCAUGACCGUGUUAACGAAGCAGACGCCAAGAGGGUUUUGAGAUCCGCUGGUGCUUCAAGCGCCCUGCCUUCCGUGCCAGCUAAUACGGAGGAGGAAAGGGCUGGUUUUGCGCCCUUUGGAUGGGUCAGAGAGCUCGCCACUAGGACCAAGGGACACCUUGACGAAGCGUUGACGAAGGUCACGGACUACACUUGGAAGGGGGAGGAAAUUGCUGAUAAACGGCUAAAAAGGGCGAAGGAAAAGGCGGCAUCGUGGUGGCAGAAGGCGGAUGGCAAGAACAGGGUCGAUGCCGUCAAGGACUUGUUCCGACUUGUCUUCAGUGAAAAAGCGGCGGCGGCGAAGGACCAGAGCAAGGUCCAGACCGCCAAGCACUUGCUCGGGAGAAUCUUCACAAGCAGUAAGAACGCGGCGGCGAAUGAUGUCAAAGCUGCUCCAGGCGCCGUUUGA